AUGGACGCCUUCUCGCCCUCGCAGCUGUACUACGCGCCGCCGUCGUCUCCGGGCGAGGACGAGUGGGACUCGGACGAGCACGUGCGGGCGCCCGGGGCGCCGGCGCACCAGCCGGGCCACUGCCUGCAGUGGGCCUGCAAGGCUUGCAAGCGAAAGUCCAGCUUCGUGGACCGCCGGCGCGCCGCCACCAUGCGGGAGCGGCGGCGCCUGAAGAAGGUCAACCACGCCUUCGAGGCGCUGCGCCGAUGCACCUCGGCCAACCCCGGCCAGCGGCUGCCCAAGGUGGAGAUCUUGCGCAACGCCAUCCACUACAUCGAGAGCCUGCAGGAGCUCCUCCGAGAGCAGGUGGACCACUACUACAGCGGCUCCGAGCCCGGGAGCCCCGUGUCCAGCUGCUCCGACGGCAUGACAGAUGGCAACAGUCCCGUGUGGCAGCAGCUCAACUACAACAGCACUUACCCCUACGUCAAAAACGAAAGCCUGCCGGACAAAGCGGCCGGCGUGUCCAGCCUGCAGUGUCUGUCCAGCAUCGUGGACCGGCUGUCCACCCCCGGGUCGGUCCCGUCGCCCGACGGCUCGGCCGACUCGCCGUGCACGCCGGAUAGCCCCGUCUACCACGUCCUGUGA